ACUUUGGUAGUGGCACCUGAAAGUGAUAACAUGUAAGAGAUUAUCACAGUGUGCAUCCUGUGUGGCUUAAGAUAAGAGUUGUACAAUGAGGGACAGCUAGUAUUUUAGAACAGGCAAGGACAGGAACUACAGCAUCACUCCUCACAGUAUGUCAUUCCGACUGGUUCGACAAAGCAAGUUCCGUCACGUAUAUGGCACCUGCUUAAAAAGGGAACAGUGCUUUGAUAAUAUUCGAGUAAGCAAGUCAUCAUGGGAUUCCACAUUCUGCGCCGUCAAUCCAAAGUUCUGCGCCAUUAUAGUAGAAUCAGGUGGAGGCGGAGCAUUCAUUGUCCUCCCACUCAGCAAAUUAAAUAAGGAAGGCAUUUGGGAACCUGAUAAGAAGGGUGUGUUGGCUGGGCGUAUUCCCCCUGAUCAUCCACUGGUCGGUGGACACAAAGGCCCUGUGCUGGACAUCGCCUGGGAUCCCUUCAACGACAAUGUCAUAGCUUCAGGGUCAGAAGAUUGCGUCGUUAAAGUCUGGCAGAUCCCUGACCAUGGCCUGGUAACGACCAUGACAGAGCCGGUAGUUGACCUCGUCCACCACCAGCGGCGAGUUGGCCUGGUUCUAUGGCACCCGACAGCAAAUAAUAUCCUCCUCUCAGCUGGCUCAGAUAAUGUGAUUGUCAUCUGGAAUGUGGGCUGUGGUGAAGCUCUGAUCACCAUUGACACAGUUCAUCCAGACCUCAUCUAUUCGUGUAGUUUCAACUGGGAUGGCUCACUCCUCCUAACCACCUGCAAAGACAAAAAGAUCAGGAUCAUCAACCCCAGGGAUGGUGAAGUGUUUGAGGAAGCAACAUCUCAUGAAGGAAGCAAGGCCACGCGUGCCAUCUUCCUACGAAAUGGACUGGUCUUUACCACUGGAUUCAGCAAGAGAUCAGAGCGACAGUACUCUCUCCGCGCCCCAGGCCACCUCGAUGACCCCAUCACAAUGGUAGAGCUGGACUCUUCCAAUGGUGUAAUGUUCCCUAUGUAUGAUCCAGAUUCUAACCUAGUUUUCCUUUGUGGCAAAGGUGACAGUGUUAUCCGUUAUUUUGAGAUCACACCAGAAGUGCCAUUUGUCCACUACAUCAACACCUUCCAGUUACCAGAUCCACAGCGAGGUAUUGGCAUGAUGCCCAAACGAGGUGUUGAUGUCACCACAUGUGAAAUCACCCGAUUCUACAGGCUCAACAACAAUGGCUUCUGUCAAAUCAUCACCAUGACAGUGCCAAGAAAGUCAGAGUUGUUCCAAGAGGACUUGUACCCAGAUACCCCAGGAGAUAUUCCAGCAGUGUCUGCAGAAGAGUGGUGGGAAGGUGUCUCAAAGGAACCCAUUCUCAUGUCAUUAAAAGAUGGGUAUCAAGCCACACAAAAGUCUGAGCUCAAAGUUACCAAAAAGAAGACCAACAUCUUAGAUAAGAUGCCGCCCACUGGGAAAGUGAAGUCUGAAGAAGAUGGAAAAGCAGUUGCUGUUUCUACAGAAGCAUUGGAGAAGGUCAAAGAGGUCACCAAAGUCAAUGAUGACUUGCGGAAGAAGAUUGAUGAGUUGCAGUCAGAGAUGAAGAAGUUCAAGGCAGUGUUCUUGAAACAAGAGAAUCGCAUUAGGGUCUUGGAGACCAAGCUCGGAGAGCUGACUUCUACUGGCGCACCCCAGACUCAACAGCAGAUGGUGCCUGUCACUUCUUGUUACAAAAUUCACACAGUGAGGAAGCGGCCUGUGCAAGGUCACAUGGUGCAUGCCCCAAGCACUCUCUCUGCAAAUACGGUCAACAACAAUUGUGACAUGGCCCCAGACGAAGUGUAGAUUGCAGAAGCUACCAGAACUGAGUCCUUCUCAUACACAAAGUUGGUGAUGUCUGUGUGAAUUGUGAAGCGUUUUCACUCAUACCUUUGUAAAUUUCCUUACAUCACAUUAUAGUCAGUUACUAAGAUAAGAGGAGAGUCUUCUUGCAAGCUAGAUGUGCCCAAAGCACUUCUUGCUCAAGCAUCUCCCUGCUUGGUACACCCCAAUGAAGAGUAUGGCUCGAUGAGCAUCUUAAUAUUUCAGCCAUGUGGCAAACAUUCUUGAGAAAGGUUGUACUCUAUCCUUAUCCUUAAGGCUGUUUCUCAAGAGACCAGUGACUGUGGUGCAUUGAUUGUUUAUAGUCAUGUGACCCAAGUGAGUGUGAAGGCCUUGUAUAUAGUGUGUUUUAAGGACUGUCACAAGUCCAUUGCUCAGUAGUAACCAACCAGCUGACCCAGCCUAAGCCUAGCCAACUUCCUUCCAUUAAUAUCCUCAUUACUGGUUGUUGUAUGUUCACUACCCUCUAGGAUGCUAGUAUCCUUGUUCUGUUGCCCCAACUUAACUAGCUAACAGGACCUCAUCAGCAUCACAUUACUAAUGAUAACCCUUCAAUUAUUGUGAUCUCGGAUGUGAUUGUUAACAUUAAAUAUAAGUAUAUUUAAUAGGCAGUCAUUACCUGAAUCCAAUUAAUGUGGGAGGGGAAAUAUCUGCUGUACAAACUAUCUGUACAAAAUUGUACAAUAUAUAAUACUUGUUUCCUUACAAAAGUAGGUAGAUAGAUAAAACCAAAUGAUUCAGUACAUUCUUGAUGUCGCAGGAAUUGCUGAAUCAAAAAUGUUUGAUGCACUGGCUCAGCUGAAGUUGCUGGCAGAUUUUAUUGAUCAGUACUACUAUCAUCAUCAUCUGUAUCAUUAUUUUUGUUUAUAUAAUCAUUAAUAUUAUAAGUUUCAUUGUUGAUUAUUUUUAUUAUUUUUUAUUAUUAUUUUAAAACAAUAAUUUUACUUAUUUGGCUCAGAGUAGUUCCUAUGCAGUGUCCGCUUAUUAACACCCACUAGUGAGGUUGAGUGUAGCUUUAUCUUCUAUAAUCAAUAGGUUGAACAUGUCCAUCAGGUUAUUGUUGCAGUGAAUUACAACUGCAGCUUCUUUUAGCCCAAAUUUUGAAGCUUGAAGUUUCUGUAUGAAGACCCCCAAAAAGAGAGACAGAGGGGUCUGCAGUAAGCCAUAUUGUCAGUGUUGGUCAGGCUACCUUGCUCCAUUACCAUGAUUUGACCUGACUCAUGUUUCAGGAUUUGGGCUCAACUCUUCACUUCCUUCCAUUAUUCCUUGGUAUGAAUUUUAUACCCAGGACUAUUUGGUGAUUUAAACUACUAUUUAUUAAUUCUGUAUUUGUGUUAGACUAAUGCUUCUCAACUAUGAUGAGAAGAACUUGGAGCAGAGGCACACACCUGGUUUCUUCUGAGUUAACAGAGCCAAAUGUUGAAUGAAGGGUAUUUUAUGCUAUUACUAUUUUCAGAUAUUUUUAGAAGAAAAUUGUAUAUUCAAUGUCUUUGAUUUAUUACGAUGUAUAAUUUUUUUUUCUUUGUUCCUGUAACCCUGAUAAUGUAGCUUCAUUGCUUUCAAAAGACUCCCUUACAUUUUCCUUUGUCUUUGGCCAAGUGUCUUGUCUUGUAAUUGUUCCAGUAGAGGUGCUCAAAAUUAGCACAUAUUGUGUUUCUACAGCUUAUAAUGUCUCGCAGGUGGUAAAGUUUUAUUGUUGGGUUCCUAGAGUCACUUGUUGCUUAUGCCUGAACAGGGAUAUUGUUAGUCAUUUUGUCCUCUGUAAAUUCCUCUUCUCAUUCGUAAAUGAAAUUGUAAUGAUGGAGCCAUAAAAUAUGUGCAAUUGUAUAAGACAAUAAAAAAGUCAGUGUUUUCUACCUACUUAAGAGGAAAUGUCCUUUAUCCCUUUUUUUUUCUUUUUUUUUUUUUACUUUAAAAUUAUUCAUUUUGUCAUGCAAACUUAGGUAAGCUGUAGAUAAGAGAAUCCCUUGUUUUGUUGAAACCAAAGCCUUUGUUAAAUAGCUGUUGGGAUAAUAUACCAGAGCUAUAUAUUUGAUUUCUUUGAAAGUUUUCCUUGUUAUCAUACAAAGAGGAAUAUGCAAUCUUUUGUGUUUUAUGGUUUCCCACUAUAUGUGAAUUUGAAGUAGAAAAUUUUGAAAAUUGAAAGAGUGCAUUUUUUCUGAGGUGAUAACAUGCUUUGCAACAGUAAUUCUCUAUUGUUGUGUUCAGGAGUAAGGAGUGGGGUUGUGAAUCAUUCAACUGAACUCAAAACUUUCUUUUUCAGUUUAUUAUUAUUAUUAUUAUUAUUAUUAUAUAUAUUUUUUUUGGUUACUUAAUAUGUCUUGUGGUUUUAGCAACAAUAUGCAAAUCUUAUUAUAAAUUUGUAAAUUUUAAUUUGACACAUCCUUCUCAGUAAUUUUCAAGUUCAAUUAAAAUUCAAAUAUUAAAGUAUAUUGAUGAAAAUGAUAAUUUUGAUCAUGCCAAUUAUUAAGCGUUGUUCAGCAUUUAAAGAAAAUGGUGCUAAGCUGUAAUUGUUUUAAAUGUAAGCCAUAGUAGUAUUUCUAAGAAUCUUAAUUGAUAUAAAAAUCCACAGGGCUUUGUCUCUGUGCCUUAAUACAGGGCAUGUUUUAGUGCUCUGCAGUUUUCAUACCCCACCCCUUACUAUUUGCUGCAUAACUGAUUAAGGACUUAUAUGUGCCAUUUUGAUAACUGAAGCUCGAAAUAUGUAAGGUUUAUUCAGCACAAGCCGGGUUUAAUAUGGAAUAUUCAAGGAACCCUAUAUAACUGACCCAUAAUUUUUUUUGAAUGCUUAAAUUUUAUACCAAUGUAGAUUGGAUAAUUUGAUUUUUUUUUUUUUCUUUUUAUUCUCUUAAUGCAACUGUUUUGUUAGCACUAUUUAUAGUAAAGCAAUAAAGUGAUUAGUUUGGGUUGUGUAAAUGAUGAUUGUAUAAAUUCAGAUUGAAGUAAUUUAUUGAAAGAAUUAUAAAGUUAUGUAACUUUCAUGCGUUGUAUUUGUUUCAUUAAUAUUUAAUACUUUAUUUACAACUUGGAAAUGACUUGUUAGUAUGUAGUAUUUAUUUACAAAAUUGUUUGCCAGUAAUUUUUAAAAGAAUUUACAUAGUGUUAACAACUGUACACAAUAUUUGCUUUUUAAAACAAAUUGAUUUAUAGAUUGCAUUCAUAUGACUGUACUGACAUCUCCAUGAACUAGGUCAGGGCAAAGCGGCCAUAUUACACAAAAGCAAGCAUUGGUCUAAUGGCUAGCAUAUUGCUGUACUUAAUGCACAAUUUUUGUAAUUGUAUUGAAAAUAAAUAGAAUUUUCUAGAAA